UACUUAAUAACUGGAGCAGGGCUGCAGCAUGGAACUAGAGUCCAGAUUCUGUUUACAUUGGUGGAGCAUGCUGUCAGUCACUAGCCUCUCCCCACUACAGAGAAGGAUAUAAACAAGAGGGGGCAGUGGCUGCAGAUACACAAGAAGCGGAGUGGGUGAGUAGGAACUUCUCACAGGAUUACCCAAAGGGUCUUUAGGAAGCCAGCAUGGUUGAGCCAGUAACUGCAGUUUUGGGAGGUGCAGCCGGCUUGGCAGUGGCCACAGUUGCUGUCCCAGUAGCACUGGGAGCAGCAGGCUUCACUGGAGCUGGAAUUGCAGCUGGCUCUCUGGCUGCAAAAAUGAUGUCGGCAGCGGCCAUCGCCAAUGGUGGAGGAGUAGCAGCUGGGAGCGUUGUUGCCGCACUUCAGUCAGUCGGUGCUGCUGGGCUGUCCACUGCUACCACAGCUGCAGUGACAGCUGGUGGAGCACUGCUGGCUGCCAUCUUCCCUUAAGAAGAAGACACACAUACGCAGAGGCCAUAUCUACGUGGAAAAGCAGUACUUGGAAGAUUAUGCUUUGCCGUCAAUGGCAUAAAUUACCUUAAGCAAAAUGUGAUUUUAAUCAAUGCUACGUUAUUCCUACUGGCCAAGAUACACAAAAACAAAUAAAGCUUUGAGAAUUAAACAACAACAAGUGUGUUAGCAAGAAAGCUGAUUGGUGGCAUCACGCAACGCACAUGUAAAAUACUUGCUGUCCCAUGAGGAAAAGAUCCAUGUUUUCCUUAGCAGGCUUUUGACUUCAGUGUUUUGUGCUGCACUGGGGGAAACUCCAUUUCCCCUCUUUGCACAGUUAUGAGCUUCUUAGUUGAGAAUCCCAUUCUGACUGGAGUCCAGACAUGUACUGAGGCCCCCAGUAAUAGAGCUCGGAUUCACCUAGUGCAAUUAACUGGCAGAAAUUCAGAACCAAUAGAGGAAAACACUCCUUUGCAAAGUUGUGGUAGUCAAUAGCUUUGAGGGGACAUUAAAAAAUAAUAACUGAGGAUUAGGCCAAUUGAUGGAUGGCAGAUAUGGGACAGUUGCACAUUCCUGCAUUGCAG